GUGACGGUGUCUCCCCGCCCUCUCAUUUCCCUGCCUCCAGGUUCUGAGAAGAUGGCGAAGGUCUCAGAGCUUUACGAUGUCACUUGGGAAGAAAUGCGAGAUAAAAUGAGAAAAUGGAGAGAAGAAAACUCACGAAACAGUGAGCAAAUUGUGGAAGUUGGAGAGGAAUUAAUUAAUGAAUAUGCUUCUAAGCUUGGAGAUGAUAUUUGGAUCAUAUAUGAGCAAGUGAUGAUUGCAGCUCUAGAUUAUGGUCGAGAUGACUUGGCAUUGUUUUGUCUUCAGGAGUUGAGAAGACAGUUCCCUGGCAGUCACAGAGUCAAGAGACUAACUGGCAUGAGAUUUGAAGCCAUGGAAAGAUAUGAUGAUGCUAUACAACUAUAUGAUAGAAUUUUACAAGAAGAUCCAACUAACACUGCUGCAAGAAAGCGUAAGAUUGCCAUUCGAAAAGCCCAGGGGAAAAAUGUGGAGGCCAUUCGGGAACUGAAUGAGUAUCUGGAACAAUUUGUUGGGGACCAAGAAGCCUGGCAUGAACUUGCAGAACUUUAUAUCAAUGAACAUGACUAUGCUAAAGCAGCCUUUUGUUUAGAGGAGCUAAUGAUGACUAAUCCACACAACCACUUAUACUGUCAGCAGUAUGCUGAAGUUAAAUAUACCCAAGGUGGACUUGAAAACCUCGAACUUUCAAGAAAGUAUUUUGCACAGGCACUGAAACUGAACAACAGAAAUAUGAGAGCUUUGUUUGGGCUUUACAUGUCGGCGAGUCAUAUUGCUUCUAAUCCAAAAGCAAGUGCAAAAACAAAAAAGGACAACAUGAAAUAUGCUAGUUGGGCAGCUAGUCAAAUAAACAGAGCUUAUCAGUUUGCAGGUCGAAGUAAGAAGGAAACCAAAUACUCUCUUAAGGCAGUCGAAGACAUGUUGGAAACACUGCAGAUCACCCAGUCUUAAGCAGGAAGAUGGAGAAAGUCCACGGAAGAGAGAUUUAAUAAGAUUCAUAUUGAUUGUACAUCAUUCUCUUCAUAUCACACAUAUAUAACUUCUUUUAAACCACAACCUGAUGUAGAAAUCCCAUAAAUAAAUCAUGUGAUUUAUUAAACUUGCA